AUGGCAGCGCCUCGCCUAAACACUGUCUUUGAUUAUACGAGUCUUCGUCUUCAGAGAUCUGGCGGAAGACUUGUUCGGGUGAAGCAAAGUACCACCAACCUCGAUCUUCCAACUUCCAGGUCUACUAUUCAAGAUAGUCGAGGAAACUGGAUUGCGAGGGAUGCCGCCGGAUUCCAAAGCGUGUACAAGUCGAAGCGUACCAACCAGGAGGAUGAGAAUAGUGAAGAGGCCGAAGAAGUUAUAGACCCGAACCUUGAACCGGAAGCUGAGGAAACGAAUGAAGACGACAGCACCGACAACGGCCAGUCUCAGAGAAGGAACCGCAAGGCUAGAGCAAAGGAUGGAGGCGUAGCCAGGAAGCGUCGUAAGAUAGUGCAAGAUCUUGACUUUCUUGAAUUAUCGCCGGAUAACGUCGACUCUCCGUCGACUCUUCCGUUACCAAGUUCUGAUCUCUUGAAAUGCAUUCAUCAUUUUGCCAGUAACUACUACAAUGAAAGAGGGCAACUGUUGAAUUCUACCAGAGACUAUCGCAGGAAUCGCAAAGCCCGACAACUAGCGAAAUUACACAGUAAAACUCAAGAUAAGACCAGGGGAGAGGUUCAAAGGCUCGAAGACAAAGGUGACGUAGAAGAGGUAGAGGAUGAUGAAGAUGACGAUGAAGAAGAGGAGGACCCAUCUCCGCCACGAAAGCGGGUCAGGUACAGCAAAGAAAAGUACAUGUUCAGGGAUAUGUAUAAGAUCAUGGAUGGAUCAUCAUUGAUGGCCAUAGGCAUGUUGCUUCAAGAACAUGUCGCACAACUCCUCACGCCGAAAAUACCGGAGGGAUGGGAAGAAGCCAUGAUACUUGCUCAGAACGAAGACGAGGAAGCCGCUGACGAGGAGUCGGCGCAAUCGGAUUCAAGUGAUCUUGUGGACCAAAACGAGGUUCCGCCGUCUACAGACGCAUCGCAGUUUGGUGCCGAAAGCACUGAAGACGAGGAGUCGGAACCAGAAACUCAAAUUGACGAAACGGAGGACGAAGAUGAAGUAGAACCACUUAAUUGA